UCCUAUGGGUUUGCGGCCCAUAUAGCAAAUUGAGAAUCAGUGGUGGUCUUUGACUGUUCCCAGGUAGCCAAAGGCCCUUUCCCGGGUAAAACCAAACAGAAAAUAACGAUCAUCACCUCUCCCAAGAAAAGACAUCAACCUCUAUCCACAGAGAAACAACUCAUCUUCAAUCUAAAUAAUCUUAGUUGUAAUAGCAUUUGUUGUCAUAGUUAUGGCUGAUCCUCUAUGCAAGUUCUUUGACGCUCGUUCUGUAACAGGUUCUCAAUACUUUGCCACCUAUUUUUCUGCCCAAAAGCCCUUCCUCUUACUCCCACUUGUUUCCCUUCACUACCCAAGUCUUGUCAGAAGAAAAGGAAGAAGAAGAAGAAGAAGAAAAUCACUUCCCAUUGCUUUCUGUUCCACACCCACUUCUUCAAAUCUUGAUAUCAUCUCCACUCAUGAGAAUUCUGAUGGCACUGUACUGUUUCGGUUUGGGGACCCAAGUGAUGCAAAAGAUGAUGAAUUGGAGGAAUCCAAUGUGGGGGUUGAAGAGGUGGAAAGGGAUGGUGAAGAGGAAUUUAGUGUGGUGAAAGUUUUUGAUGGUGAUAAUGAGAAUGAAGUCAUUGUCCAGAAAGUAGAUAGAGAAGCCAAGGGUCAGGCUGUGAUGGUGGCCACUGAUGCUGGUAUUUCUGAAUCAGUAAUAACUAGCAAUCAAAAGAGUGAUUAUGUAGAAAUAAACACUGGAUUGAGUGAAAAUUUUCUAGGAGAUUCGACGGAUGAAAUUGGCUCAAUUUCAGCUGUAGGAAUUCAAGAUCAAUCAGAAGAUGAAGUCUAUAUUGAGAAUGCAGAACUUGUCGAGGAGACUUUCGAAAAGAAAGAUGAUAGUGAAGCUUCAAUUCUAGCACCAGAGAAUUCUAAUCCUUCUUUGGAAGUUGAGGAAGAAAUGAAGGGUCAAUCAAGUGAUGAAUCAUUUGAAGAAUCAGACAAUGAUGACAAAUCACCUCUUUUAGGUUCAUCUGCAGCAAUGCCUGAAUACUGUGACUUGGUAAACACUAAGGAAAUUGAAGAAUCUGAGGAAGCAGGUUCAAGUCAAUUGAUAGAGAAUGAUGAUGACAAGGAUUUCCAUGAUGAUUCAACUCAUGUUGAGGUUUCGAGUGAAAUUGAGGCAGCGGAAGAUGAUAUUGAGAUUGUCCAACAGACGGAACAAAUACCUGAAAAUGUUGAUCCGAUAAUGGAAGAGCCCGUAGAGAACAGAACAAAUAUUUGA